AUGGCGGAAUUCGUGCGUGCCCAGAUUUUCGGCACCACCUUUGAAAUCACCAGCCGGUAUACCGAACUUCAGCCGGUGGGAAUGGGUGCCUUCGGACUGGUCUGUACCCCCGUUCUGUCCAAGCGAACCUACCGGGAGCUGAAGCUGCUCAAACAUCUCCGUCACGAGAACAUUAUCAGCUUGAGCGACAUCUUUAUUUCGCCUUUGGAAGACAUCUACUUCGUCACUGAACUCCUGGGAACUGACCUUCACCGACUUCUUACUUCACGACCUCUUGAAAAGCAAUUCAUUCAGUACUUCUUAUACCAAAUUCUGCGUGGCUUGAAAUAUGUUCACUCCGCCGGUGUCGUCCACCGGGAUCUGAAACCCAGCAACAUUCUGAUUAACGAGAACUGUGAUCUGAAAAUCUGCGACUUUGGUCUCGCCCGUAUCCAGGACCCCCAAAUGACCGGUUAUGUCUCAACACGAUACUACCGCGCCCCCGAGAUCAUGCUUACAUGGCAAAAGUACGAUGUUGAAGUAGACAUCUGGAGCGCGGGUUGCAUCUUCGCCGAGAUGUUGGAAGGAAAGCCACUGUUCCCUGGAAAGGACCAUGUCAACCAAUUCUCGAUCAUCACCGAGCUGCUUGGCACUCCUCCCGAUGACGUGAUCCAGACCAUCUGCAGCGAGAACACUCUUCGAUUUGUCAAGUCCCUACCCAAGCGCGAACGCCAACCCCUCGCGAAUAAAUUUAAGAACGCCGAUGCCGAUGCGGUCGACCUGCUCGAGCGGAUGCUGGUUUUCAACCCAAAGAAGCGCAUUCAAGCCCCCGAAGCACUGGCGCAUGAAUACCUGGCGCCCUACCAUGACCCGACUGACGAGCCUGUCGCGCAAGAGAAGUUCGAUUGGUCGUUCAAUGAUGCCGAUCUCCCCGUAGAUACUUGGAAGAUCAUGAUGUACUCGGAAAUUCUCGACUUCCACAACAUUGAGCAAGGCAACGAUGCUGCUCAAGCCUUAGUACAAGGCGGAGUCCAGGGUGACCCUACUGGACAGGCAUUCGCAUAA